AUGGCAAACCUACCUCAAUCUUUCUCCAUCGGUGUCGGCAGCUUCGGAGGAGGAGCUGGUAUGCCGUCAUCGUCUUCCAGUGCCGGAGCACCCCCCAAUAAGGAUCGCAAAAUGCAAUUCGUUGAACAACUUGUGCUUGUUCUCUGUGACCUUAAUCUUCGUGAGAACGCUCUGCUGGAGCUUUUCAAGCCUGACGUUGACUGUGGUAAGCUAACUGACCUGUCUGCUGCCGAUGUGAGUACGGAAAAACUUGUUAGAGUUGCUGUCCGGCACAGACUCUACAAGUGCCUUAGCCGUGAUUCAGCAAUCCUCGAUGAAAAGAAGAAGGAGUUGUUCCCAGAUUUGGGCCGUUUGUUGUGGCACUCAUUUGGUACCAUCGCUGCACUCCUACAGGAAAUAGUUUCUAUCUACCCUGGUUUGUCGUCGCCAAGCCUGGCUCCUGCACAAUCCAAUAGAGUUUGCAAUGCAAUAGCACUUCUACAGUCUGUUGCCUCUCAUCCUGACACCAGAAAGUCGUUCCUCAAUGCAAAAAUUCCUUUGUAUUUGUACCCAUUUCUUAACACAACAAGCAAGUCGACACCCUUUGAAUAUUUGAGGCUUGCAAGCUUAGGUGUCAUUUGUGCCCUUGUGAAGGUAGAUGACACUGAAGUUAUCAGUUUUCUUAUUUCAACAGAUAUAAUUCCGAAGUGCUUGUGCGCGAUGGAGAUGGGAUGUGAACUAUCAAAAACAGUUGCGACUUUCAUUGUGCAAAAAAUCCUUCUAGAUGACGUGGGUCUGAAUUACGUAUGUGCCAUAUCUAAAAGUUUUUUCGAAGUAAUCCAAGUUUUAGGGAAUAUGGUGGGUGCACUUGCUGAACAACCUUCAUCAAGAUUGUUGAAACACAUAAUCCGGUGCUAUCUUCGUUUGUCAGAUAAUCCAAGGGCUUGUCAGGCACUGAAAACUUUUCUUCCCAAUAUGCUUAGAGAUAACACCUUCAGCAGUUGUCUUCGUGAGGAUUCAAUGGCGAGGAAUUGGCUGCUGCAAUUGCUCCUUAACGUUAAUGGGAGUCGGGUUGCUCCACAGGCUGGAGGAUUUGAUCAUAUGCUGUGAUCUGAAUUCAUACAUAUGGAUCUUUUGUUGAUGUAUUUAAUGUUCAUACUUAAGAAUGCAUUUCUGCACUCAUAUUUAUUUAUGUAGUGCAUUUUAUAUAUGUAGAUCAUUAUUGGGAGAUUAAGAAUAUUAUUGGACCUUUAGUAAGCCUUUUCUCUUUGGGGAAAAAACACUUGUAUUUCAAUAAAAAGAAGGAAACUAUUAUAAGCUGCUA